AUGAGGCUGGUGGCGCCUCACCACGAGGCCCUCCUAACUGGCCGCGGGGCCCUUCCCCCUUCUUGCUGCCGUCCGGUGAAAUCUGGUUUGCUGCUGGAGUGCACAGCAGCAGCAGCAGCAGCAGCAGCAGCAGCAGGAACAGCAGCAGCAGCAGCAGCAGCAGCAGCAGCAGCAGAAUGCAGGCGUUUUCGCUGCACUCUCUUUUCGAGUGUUUUGUUUCUUCAAAAGGAAGAAAAUGAAAAAGAGGAAACCCUCGCGGUUUGGCUGGAGGGCUGCGACGUGCGCGCUCUUGACGAAAGCGAGGGUUUGAAGGGUCUGGAGGCCCUCAAGGGUUUAGGGUUUGGGCUGCUGCUGCAGUGGAGCAGCAAGCAGCUGCUGCUGUUUUUUGCUGCUGCUGAAAAAGACAGAGACGAAUGGGCAGAAGCGCUUUACAAGGCUGCAUGCAAGGAGACACAUUGCUGCUUCAAUGCAUCUCAGCAGCAGCAGCAGCAGCAGCAGCAGCAGCAGCAGCUGCAGCAGCAGCAGCAGCUGCUGCUGCUGAAGGAGAAGGUGAAGAAGAGAGAGGCGCGCGUUUGCUGCCGCUGUGGGGGCGGCCCACGGAGCCCAGAAGCUGCUGCUGAGGUGUACAGACACCGCAGAGAGAGAAAAAUCCAAAGGCUGAAGGCGGCGGUUCGAGAGGAAACUCAAAAGACCCAGCGGCUCUGCAAAGUGCUCUUCAACUUGUCCCCUCUAUUCCCUCCCCCUGUGGCUGAAGAACUUCGGCGGCUUUCUUUGGAGGUCAUGGGGGCCCCUGUCUGUUCUUUGGGGGCCCCCCGGGGCCCCUGUAGCAGCAGCAGCAGCAGCAGCAGCAGCGGGAGCAGCAGCAGCAGCAGCAGCAGCAGCAGCAGCAGCAGCAAACGGGCCCCAGAAGACUCCUGCAGCUCCCUAGCAAGCCCCAGGGAGCUGCUGCAGGGGGGCCCCCUGGGGCCCCUUUCUAGAGAUGCUGUUUGCCCCUGGGGGGGCCCCCAAAAAGGGUUCACUUAUGCGCAGCAAGUAGGGGCCUCGCCCCCCUCUGAGGGGGGCCCCGGGGGGCCCCCCGUGGGGGCCCCCCGGGGGGCCCCCGCGGGGGCCCCUCUGAAGGCAGAAGGGGGCCCCAAAGGGUACUCGUUGAACGGGGAGGGGGCCCCCUUGGGGGCCCCCAAGGGGGCCCCCAAGGGGGCCCCCGAGGGGGCCCCCCAGGCUGCCGCGAAGGGGCCCCCUUGGGGGCCCCGCAGAAAGAAGAGAAGGCCAGUGGAUUUGUAUAGCACAAAGAGACAGUCUCCUGUGGCUAGGGGCCCCCCGGGUUUGUGGAGUCGCAGCAGCAGCAGCAGCAGCAGGAACCGGAGCAGCAGACGCAGCAGCAGCAGCAGCAGCAGGAACCGGAGCAGCAGGCGCAGCAGCAGCAGCAGGAGCAGCCGCAGCAGCCGCAGCAGAGCGCACCAGCGAAGACGGGCCAGCAGCAGCAGAAGCAGCAGCAGAAAGAGCCUCAAAAGCAGCAGCAAGAAGAGCAGCAGCAGCAGCAGCAGCAGCAGCAGCAGCAGCAGCAGCAGCGCGAGCCCCAGCAGCAGCAGCGUGAGCCCCAGCAGCAGCAAGCUCCGCCGGGCCAGCAGCGGCGUCUGGAGCAACGCCAGCAGCAGCAGCAGCAACCGCAGCAGCAGCAGCAGCAGCAGCAGCAGCAGCAGCAGCGAGAAUGAGGGCCUCAUGGCCCUCCACAGAGACGCUUUUGCUGCUCGAAGGAGACUCAUGAUGCAGCAGUACAUAACCCUUGGCAGCAAAUUCACGAGGCCCCCAAAACAGGGGCACAGGGGGGCCCCCCACCCGGGGGGGGCCCCCACCAGUACCCUGUUUCUGGGGCCCCGAGGGGGGCCCCCAGCCAAGGGGCCCCCCACCCAGGGCCUUCCCCACAAGCAGUCUGCUCAGGGGCCCCCACCCGGGGGGCCCCCAAAGGGGGCCCCCCCCAAAGAGCUGCUUGCAGAGGGUCAGGGGGGCCCCUCAUUUCCGCAGUCUCAGGGGGGCCCCCCCGCUAAAGUGUCUCAUAAGGGGGGCCCCCCUAGUGUGUCUCUUGAGGGGCCCCCACCCUUGGGGCCCCGCUCGGGGGGGCCCCCUCAGGGGCCCCCAGCAGCUGCUGCGCAGGGGGCCCCCAAGGAGGCCCCCAAGGGGCCCCCAAGCAAAACCCUUGCCGCGGCAGCCUCAAAGGAAACAGUCCAGGGGGCCCCCCAAAAGGCUCCUCCCCAGGGGGGCCCCCCUGGGGCCCCCCUGGGGGCCCCCAAACCCAAAGGGCCCCCAGGGGGGCCCUCUGCCAAACUCGCUUCAACAGAAUUAGGAGGGGGCCCCCCUGACACAGCCAAGACUGGACCCACCAAACAAACUUCGGGGGCCCCCAAGGGGGCCCCUAAAGGUGAACCCCCAGGGGCCCCCAAAGGGGCAGGGGCCCCCAAAGUUAACCCCCCAGGGGCCCCCAAAGGGGCCCCCACAGGCGACCCUCCAGAGGCUCCCAAGGGGGCCCCCAAAGGGAGCCUUCCAGGGGCCCCCAAGGGGGCCCCCAAAGUGGCCCCCAAAGGGGAUUCUACAGGGGCCCCUAAAGGUGACCCCCCUGGGGCCCCCAAGGGGCCCCCAGUUGGGUCUUCUUCAGCUUCAGGGGGCCCCCCUAAAGGGCAUUUGCUGCCUCCCAGUGUGCCGGGGGGCCCACCCACAGAAGAAACCCCAAGGAAAGGGGGCCCCCCAGGGGGCCCCCCAAGGGGCCCCCCAGGGGGCCCCCCAGGGGCCCCUUUAAGGCAGGAGGUCCCAGCAAGGCCUGCUGCUGCAGUGCUGCUGGAGCCAGAGUGUGGGGCCCCACAGGCAGCUGCGCCUAAAGGGGCCCCCGUGGCUGUGGGGGGCCCCCGCGAGGAGGUACUUGCUGCAGCAGCUGCUGCAGCAGCUGCUGCAGAUACCAAACAACUAGGGGGCCCUCAGGGGGCCCCCAAGUUGUCUCCGCCGCAGGCAGGGCCAGGGGGCCCCAAGGGGCCCCCCAAAGUGGCUUCUGUGGACGGGGCAAAAGGGCCCCCCUUGCCAGCCAAAAAAGCAGACACAAUCCAGAAUAGGGGGGCCCCCAAGGGGGCCCCCAAGGGGGCUCCCCUGUCAACAUCAGGGGCCUCUGCAGGGCCUGAUAAACCCAGUAUACCACUGGAAGGGGGGCCCCCAAAAGGAGCCCUCAAGGGGGCCCCCCCUACGGGACCAACUCAGGGGGCCCCUAAGCCCCCUUCCGAUGGGACCCGUGAGGGGCCCCUCAAGGGGCCCCCCACGGGGGCCCCCAAGGGGCCCCCCACGGGGGCCCCCAAGGGGCCUCCCGCGGAGGCCCCCAAGGGGCCCUCUACAGGGGCCCCGAAGGGGCCCCCCACGGAGGCCCCCAAGGGGCCUCCCACAGGGGGCCCCAAGGGACCACCCACAGAGGGUCCCAAGGGGCCCCCCACGGGGGCCCCCAAAGGGGCCCCCACGGGGCCCCCCAAGGCCCCCGCAGUGGAGACAGGGGGGCCCCCAGGGGGGGCCCCCCCAGGCAAGGGGCCCCCAGCAGCCUCAGGGAAGGGCCCUACGCCGCCCCAAGGGCCCCCUUCGUCCCCUAAUGGGGGGGCCCCCAAAGAGGCAGGUAAAGGGGGGCCCCCAAGGCCUGCUGAGGAGGCCCUUGCUGCGCCCCAAACCCUGGAGGGGCCCCCCAGAGACCCCAUGAAGGGUUUAGCUGCUAUUUUCCGUACCCUGAGGCCCAAGGGGCUCUCCCACCAAGGGGCCAGCCAGCCUGCAGCAGCAGCAGAGGGGGGCCCCCCAGGGGCCCCCCGCUCGGGGGGCCCCCCUAUGACUGUCUUUGGGGCCCUUGCGGUGCUGCUGGGCCGGCGGGCCCGCAAGCGGCGCCAGCACUCUGGGGCGGAGGGCCCCCCCGGGGGGGCCCCCCACGGGGGGCCCCCCGGGGGGGCCCCCGGGGGCGCCCAGGGGGCCCCCGAGCCCCAAGAAGAUGUCUAUAGGGCCCUCGACAGUCCCCAGUGGGAGGCCCUAACCCGGGGCUGGAGCCGAGAGGAGUGGGGGGCAUUUGUGUUGGGCGAAGCAGACCCUGAAGAGGCCCUCGAGGAGGCCCCUGCGAAAAGGGGCCCCCCGGGGGGCCCCACGGGGGCCCCCGGAAAGUCCCCCAGGGGGGCCCCCACAGGGAGCCCCAGGGGGGCCCCCACAGGGACCCCCAGGGGGGCCCCCACAGGGACCCCCAGGGGGGCCCCCAAGGGGGGCCCCCCGGCGUCACCGCGGGGGCCCCCCAGGGGGCCCCGCAUGCCGGGCUUUCGGAGAGUGCAGGAAAGGGUACUGCCUGUGACAGUCUUCUACUGCGACUCUAGAGAGGGCCCCCUAACAGUUUAUGAUGAAGUUAGUGACUCCGAAACUCUUUUAAAAGAGGCCCAAGAGGGCCUCCUGGGCAUUCACGUGCGGCGAAAGCGGUACAGAAGGGGCAGCAGGGCGCGGCGGGGGGCCCCCCGGGGGGCCCCUUCCCCCGAGGGGCCCCCCUGGGGGGCCCCCGGGGGGCCCCCCGGGGGGGCCCCCGGGGGGGGCCCCUGGGGGGCCCCCAAGAGGGCCCCACAACGCCGGCGGCUGGCCCUUAUGAAGGACAGAAUUAACUACCUUAGAGCUGCGCAGCUGGAGCAGCAGCAAAGGGCACUGGAGGCCCUGGCCCGGGGGGGGGCCCCCGGGGGCCCCCUGAGGAUCCCGGGGGCCCUCCUGGGGGCCCCCGGGGCCCCCUUUACUUUUUUGUUUAGCGACAGGUUUUGGGUCCUCAAGACUCCGCAGCCCUUCCCAGAAGAACUCCCUGCAGUGAGUGCAAUUGGGCUGUUGCUGCAGCUGCUGUCGCUGCAGCGGCUGCUGCUGCAGCAGCAGCUGUUGCAGCAGCUGCUGCUGCUGCAGCAGCUGUUGCUGCUGCAGCGGCUGUUGCUGCUGCAGCUGCUAGCGCUACCGUGA